AUGGCGAUUUUUGCAUUUGCUGUGCCACUGAUACUUUCAUCAAUUACAUUGGAUAUUCAGCUAACAGCAUUAAAGGGAAACAUAUUCACUUUACUUUCACCUGAAAGAAACAUAUCAUUGAAUGUCCAGGGACAUAUACUCUAUGCAGACAACAUACGUAUAUCUCCAGUCGACAUAAAUAGCCGAAUAUCAUUUUCGAUAGAAUGUUUGUCAGAUGCCUCACUGCAUUUUUCAACAUCGGAAACAAACACCCUAUUACAUUCGCCCUCUAUAUGUGCCAAAUCAACAGGUAUACAAAUUGAUGAUGCUACUCUAUAUGGAUGUGUUAUCAACUUGUAUCAAGGUGAUCGUAUGCUCGUUAGUAGACUAUGCGGAAACGGUCUCGAUGAAGGAAAAUCGACAUCUCCUCCUGGAGUUCUUCAACCUAUAUAUGUAGCAGAGCCCUUAGAAGUUAAUGAAGGAGGUUCUAUGCCUCUCCAAUGGAAAAACGUUUAUGUUCUUCCAGAACAUUCGAGACUGAACUUGUCAAACUCUGAUAUUGUUUUCUCUGUUAUUGAAGGCCCACAACAUGGUCAACUUCUUCUGGAUGGACAGCCUGUUAGUAGCUUUACGUAUGCUCAUGUAUUAGCGAGAGCUGUUAUUUAUAAGCACGAUGACAGCGAAACCACUCAUGAUUCCUUCGAUUUUCAAAUCGAAAUCAAUAGCAAAACCCUCAACUUUCCUUGGCUUGAAACAACUACUUAUACUUUGAAAGUGCGAAUCAAUGCAGUGAACGAUGCGCCUUCUCUCACAGAAGCUUCAGGUGCUCAAGUAAUAAAAAUUUCUGCCAAGGGAACACGAUUUCUGACUUCAGACUUGAUACUUCUUUCCGAUCAAGAUGAUGGUCCGGAUAAGGUUCGAGUUCAAGUUGUAGAAGUAAGAGGAGUUCAUCUGGCUAUAAACGAACAAGUAGUCAACGAGUUCACUCAAAGGCAACUUAUCAAUCGCCAAGUUCAACUAGUGGAUGAAGGAAUAUACGAGAAAGGGCUGUUACGACUGGUAGCUAGAGAUAGUGAUUCUCGCUCACAGGUUCUUGCUCUCCACACUAUAUCCACGCCAAUUGAAGUUCUUCUGAAAAGUAAUACUGGAAUUUGGCUGCUACACCAUUCUUCCGCAGUUAUAACAAAGCAAAAUCUGUCGUUCUCUGUAUCUGUUCCUGAUUUGGCUAUUCAUUAUUCGUUAGUUGACUUGCCUGAUCAUGGUUUACUUGAAUGCUCACCAGAUGAAGGGCAUUUCUAUGUCUGCAGUCGCUUUAGUCAAAGCCAGAUUGAUAAAGGAUUAGUUCGCUUUCGGCAUACAAGCAAUCAGAAUCCUACUCAUGAUACGUUCAGCUUUCAAGUUGAAUCUGGAGAACAUGUGUCCAUGAUUCACAACUUCCGAAUUACAUUCGUUCCAAUGAAUGUGAAGAUAUUCAACAGAGAAGUAUUCAUGCUAAACGGAACGGAAGUUGGCCAAUUAACCAGAGCAAAUCUGUUUGCGUGGACAUUCCCGAAGAGCUUCUCUCCAGACAAGCUUGUCUAUCACAUCAAAGAGCCUCCACAGUAUGGAAUACUUUCAAGAAAAAUUGGAAAGAAAAGCCGUCGUAUAGGAGUAUCUUCCAAUUUCACACAGCAAGAUAUCGACAACGGUCUGAUCCAGUACAAACUGCAUUUCAUGCAUUUCUCCAUCGUGAACGACUUUUUCCUUUUCCAAGUCGUUUCACCGUCUGUCUCAUCGGAAACACAACAUUUUGAAAUAAUAUUUGUUCCUUCACCUUCGUCCAUACAGUUGAUCAAUCGAACAGUAGUUUUAGAGGAAGGUUCCUCAGUUACAGUGACAUCGGAAUCUUUAUCUCUUUCAACAUCUGAUGAUAAACAUUUCAUUUUUACAAUCAGUAUACCGCCUAGUCAUGGACAAUUUCAAAUAAAAAUAUCAGAUGGGUUCAAACCACUCGGUCAUUUAUCUAAUUUUACUACAAAAGAUAUAACGGAAGAAAGAUUAUAUUAUUUUCAUUCUGGAGAUGAAUCUCGAAAUGAUAGGGUUUACUUAACAGCUGAAUCUACAUUCAGUCGUGGAAGGAAGAUACCGUUAUGGAUGACUUUCAGUGUCAUCUUACUUAAUGAUAAUCCACCUCGUCUGAUAGGAUCUCAUGUUAUACAGAUGGUCGAGCGUGGUGAACGGAUAUUAUAUCCUUAUCUCUUGAAUUGGAAAGAUGAAGAUGUCGAUGCUGCUUCGUUGAAGUUCGACUUCACACAGCCAAUCAAAGAUGUUGCUGUUUUGUCCACAGUUUCUCCAUACCUUCCAAUGACGCAGUUUACCGAGAAUGACUUGAAAGAAGGCAAGAUAAUGGUUCGCCAUUUAGGACAUAAAACAAACUUUUCCAUCACUUAUACUGUUACUGAUGGGGAGCAUAACGUUCGAGCGGAAAUGCGUAUUGAGGCGAGCGAGCCUUUCGUUAGACUAGCAGAUGCUUUCAUUCAAUACUGCUGUCUUCCUGGCGAUGAAGUUCAAAUAGAUUUAACAACUGGGAACUUGUCUGUCAGUACAAAUCUUGAUGUGAGGCCUGAAAAUAUUCUGUUUCUCACGAAAGGCAGUGGUUUUCUUCUACGCAAUAUAAAGCAUACAGAUAUGUGGAAACCAGUGAAUAACUUCACUCAGCAGGAUAUUGUUAGUGGACUUGUCGCCUACAAGGUUCAUGGCAAAAGUGAAGAAGAUAUCACUGUGAGAGUGGCAGACAGAGAGAUAACUACUAGAGUUGAAAUCACGAGACGGUCUUUGGGUUCAACUCUUGAACUCCGUAAGAGUCAACCAUUGCAACUCUCUGUUGGUGGAGCUGUGGUAAUUGACAAAACCAAACUGGAACAGGUGGACGGUGCCACACUGGCAGACUCUCUAUGGUACAUCAUAACCAAACAACCGCAAGAAGGUUCAUUGGUUCUAGAGAAAGAAAAUAGCACUUCUAUACAAUUAUCUGUUAUUCGGUUUUCACAAGUGGACAUCGAUUUAGGAAGAUUACAGUAUGUACACGCGGCUACAGGCUCUGGAAGAGACUCAUUUGAAUUUAAUAUAUCUUCUCCCCAUGUUACCAAAGGACCCUACACAAUAUAUAUGGACAUCUACGACCACUUUGUUAAUCUGAAAACUCAAGAUUUGAAUGUUUUCUCUGGAAGCUCUUCAAUCAUUACUACUCAGAUUCUUAAUGUUUCAUCGUCCGAUCGAGAUGAUUAUUCUUUGAAAAUUACGAAACAGCCACUGUAUGGAUGGAUUGUAAGAGAUUCGUGGAAUGUUGACAACAUUUCCUCAAUCGAGUCGUUUUCAGGGAGUGAUUUGAGAGAACGACGUGUUGUAUAUGUAUCAGAUAGAAGUCAGCUAGCCACAAGGGAUGAAUUCAAAGUGAUAGCAUGCAUUUCACAAGAAACUUGCACAAACGAAAUGACGAUUGAUGUCAUCUUAGCCAAAAGAAAUAUACAAAGUCCUCAGUUGCUGAGAAACGAGAUACUUCGUGUGAACGGAGAUAAAGCUCUUAUAACCAAUAUGCAUUUGGAUACAGAAGACCCUGAUACACAAUCAGAAAGUGUUUUCUUUUUAAUUUCAAAGCCCUCCAAUGGAAUCAUUGCUAAUGUUAACGAACUAGAAAGACCCAUAUACAACUUCUCUCAAAAGCAUGUUGAUGAUAACCUGAUAGCGUAUAUUCGUUUUUCAAAUUCAUCCAAUUCUGGAGGAUUCUCAUUUCUUUUGUCAGAUGGUGUUCAUCAAAUUGGUCCAGAAUGGUUUUCGAUAGAAAGCUGGGCAACUACUUCACCAGUACUCGAAACUAAUUCAAGACUCAUAGCCGCUCCACAAAGUUCGGCAGUGAUUGGUGUAGAUCUAUUGAGAGCCAAUCUUCCAAAUACACAUCCUAACGAAGUACUUUUCUCUAUCAUCAAACCGCCCAAGCACGGUAAAAUCGAGAUGGAUGGGAGAGAGAUAACGAAAUUCAGUCAAAACGACAUCAACAAAAGAACAGUUCAAUAUUCGAAUAAAGAACUGUCCCAGAAAGAUUGGACACGGAAAGACGCGUUUAGUUUUGUUGUUUCUCGGAAUGGAUCUGGGAGGCCAAUAGAGCAUGAAUUCCGCUUUCGAAUUUCAUCAACUUAUGCAGCUGUGAAUGAUGAUUUGUCUCGUUUCGUCACAGUGAAAGCUAUAACAUUAUCUAAAGGAGGCUCAAUAGCUUUAAAUAGUAGUCAUCUGAAUCUAGAUGAACUUGUUACUGCUUUAGAAAAUGAGUCAUUGGUUAUCGAGGUUGGGAAGAAGCCUAGGUUUGGAUCUUUCGAAUGGCUGGAUGGGUCUAGAGGAGUUGUGUCAGUAGAUGACUUCAAGAAUGGACUCGAGGCUGUUUAUAGAAACCAUGGAGAGGACACUGGGGAUGAUUCAGUAAUGUUGUAUGUAUAUCCUGUGAGUGAGUCUACAAAGCGAAGUAGUCGACUUCGAAUCACUGUUCCCAUACAUAUCCAGAGUCAUCGAGACCCUCUCGUGCAGGUUCUGCAUUUCAAUUCUGUUGUUUCUGUGUUGAGCUCAGGUUCCACUGAGCUCACAAGGGAAGCAUAUCUUGCUGCUCAUCCUCAUGUACCCCCGCAGUCGAUUGUUUAUGAGAUCAUACAGUCGGGGAUAAAUGGAGCUGAAAUUAAAGUUGAAGGAAAGCGUAAAAAAUUUUUCAGUCAAGAAGAGAUCAAUCAAGGCUUAGUGUCUGUUGUACAUAUACCUGUGUUUAGCAGUAUUUCAUCCACGGACAUAAUAGUUCUUUCCGUAGAAGGACAUUCGAGAGCUCUGAUAGUCAAAAUAAGACCAUUAGAUUUGACUCUGGAAAAUCAUACCACGAUCGAGUAUCCGCAGGGCAAAACUUAUGUUGUACUAAACAGAUCUCAUUUGGGAGCAUACACUAACGGAGAUCGAAGUCGAAUAACUUAUAAAAUCACUUCGGGACCUGAAAAUGGGACGUUUUAUUGGGUGGCAGGAGAGAAAGAAGUGAAAACUUUCACACAAGCUGAUAUUGAUGAUGGACGCGUGCUGUACGCUCAAUUGAACAUGCACUCUUAUCAGGAUGCGUUCCAAUUUGUUAUGGCUAAUGCUGACAAAGAUAUGUUAAAGAAUAUUUCGAUUAUCAGAGUACGAUCAUUAGUUGAAGUUCAGCCUGUCAUAGUGGAAUCCAAUAGUCUGACACCCUUAACUUCAAGUCAACUCAACGCUAGUCUACUCCAGGGAUCCACUCCGCGCUUCCUUCUGGUUAAUCCUCCUGUAUACGGGAAAAUAACUUUGGACCCGUCAUCUGACCACUCGGCUUUAUUCUUCACUUAUCCCGAUAUCACCAGGGGAAGAGUCUAUUACCAAGCUUUCCAUACCACAAAAGAAAUCGUUGAGCAUUUGGAGCUUGAGGUACGCGCAGAUAUUGUGCAGCCUGCUCGAAUUGUUUUGACAAUAACGAUCGUUCCCUCUAUGGACUCAGAAAAUGAUUCUGAAGAAAGUGAUAAAGAAGCACAGAAAAAUUCGAAGGAAACACCAAAAAGCCAAGAUGUUCCUCGUCUUGUUCCGAUAGGAGAUCAGAUUCCCGUUCUAGUUUUGAUAAUGAUAAUGCUCACUACAGUUCUUCUGGUAAUCUGUUUGAAUAGAAAGAAAAAGCCCAAAGAGGUUCCACCCCAACUAACACCGCCGCGGUUACCACCUACACCGAGCGGUUCAAUUUCUCAAGAGAAGCCUGAUCUUUUAGGGUCAACAGUAUUUGCCACAGUAGGAGCAGCCCGUGGUGACAAUGCUGCUCGACCUCCCAUGAAAAGUUUCGAACGUGGAUCAGCAGCAACACCUGUUUCUCAUACUCCCUCCAUGAAGAGACGCCAUCAGCCAACACUUGAUUAUGCGGAUUUCCGCUCAAAAGCCGUCUGA